AACUCACCUGCCUUUCUCGGAAAUCUUUUGCCAUGACGAAAAUCUUGCUACAGUACGCCUUCACCAUGACCAUCCUCCUCCUAAAUCACGCACUUUCUCAUGGCACCAAAACAAGAACCGAAGGAUGAAGCGAUAGACCCAGCACUUCGUCGACCUUCUCAGCCUAAAACUGACAAAGGGACCGCUCUCAAGUCGAUCACUGCAUUCCGUCGGGCAACUGCUUGGCAAAUUCACCGUUGGCCAUUGAUCAAACAAACGAUUGAAUACAAAGCUAGGGUACAUCUGCCAAAAUCGUACCUAGCAAAGGAUGGAGAAGAUGUGAGAAUAAUAUGGCCGGGCCAGGACUUGCAUCAGUUCGUGCACAAACACUAUAUCGACCCCGUGGACAGAACGGCUUUGACGGAAGGCGUGGCGAACUUCGUAACAGAUGAUGAUGUGUCUUCGAGAAAACAUGAGUACUUAGGACCAGACCCUCGCGUCGUAGGCUACUUCAUCGAUUUCGACGGGGACAUACACGUCAAAUGGUGGGACAGCUUCCUGCAAGAUCAAUGGAUGGACAAACAAAAAUGGAAAUUUGAAGUAGAGCUCAACGAGCAAGGAGAAUGGGUGGAAAAGGAUCUCAGGUAGCGGGAUAUAUGAGAUCUCAGUGUGAAGGGUAUGUUUGAUAAUGUACAACGGAUAGACUUGAUUCCUACGUUUAUUUCAGAUGGUCCUUCGCGGUUUGUGAUUUUGGUCAGUUGGCGAGUGAUGUGUGAUGGUAGUGAGUAGUAUUAGUAUCCAAAUUCUCUCCCUGCGAUUGAUUGACCAGCGGCGACGGCUAGGUUCUUUGCUAUACUUUCGGCCAUCGCACCACUAUCAGAGGUGACAUUGAUCUUUGUACACAACCAUGAGCAGACGUGAAGGCAUAAUGCUUUCCGUGACACACCAUGUCAAAGCCUUCUUGAGCACGUUUCGCAGCCUGUUCACCAGACGUGCAGUAGAUCGCGCUGUAAAUUAUACAUUCAAUUCAGAGCACUAAUAAUUGGAGUGAAUUUUCCAUUACCACUUC